AUGCCUGCCCGCUGCCUCCUCCUCCUGCUGGGGCUGCUCCUGGAGCUGGAGCCUGCCUGCUGCCAGGAAGCCAGGGGCACACUCCAGCCAUGGUCACAGGGUGUCAUUGCAGUGGUUGUGUUUCUAGUCCUGGUGGCCAUCGCUUUUGUGGUCAACAGGUUCUGGUGUAAGGAGAAAGUGGAAAAUGUCGAGACAGUGGUGAGUGUUGAGGACAAGCUGGAUGCUGUCACGUCCAAUGGCCGUGAACCGAGACAUGUAUCAGCUGCAGCUGACUUCAGGUCCAAAGAGAACCAGCAUGCCUAUGAGAACACUGUGGAGCCCGAGGAGAAGGUGAUCACCACCGCCAUGUAG